CAGGCGGCGAGCGGGCAGGCGGCAGGCAGGGUCGGUGCGCCGAGCGGGCGAGAGCGCCAGCGAGCGGGAAGACGCAGCCACCUUCCUCCGCAGCCAGCCCACAGCGGUUUGUUCCCUUUCUCGGGAGAGCGCCAAUGCCCGGGCCGACCCAAACCCUGUCCCCCAAUGGCGAGAACAACAACGACAUCAUCCAGGAUAACGGGACCAUCAUUCCUUUCCGGAAGCACACAGUGCGCGGGGAGCGUUCCUACAGCUGGGGAAUGGCAGUCAAUGUGUAUUCUACCUCGAUAACCCAAGAGACUAUGAGCAGACAUGACAUCAUUGCAUGGGUUAAUGACAUAGUAUCUUUAAACUACACAAAAGUGGAACAGCUUUGUUCAGGAGCCGCCUAUUGCCAGUUCAUGGAUAUGCUCUUUCCAGGCUGCAUUAGUUUGAAGAAAGUAAAAUUUCAAGCAAAGUUGGAGCAUGAAUAUAUUCACAAUUUUAAACUUCUGCAAGCAUCAUUUAAGCGAAUGAAUGUUGAUAAGGUAAUUCCAGUGGAGAAGCUAGUGAAAGGACGUUUCCAAGACAACCUGGAUUUUAUUCAGUGGUUUAAGAAAUUCUAUGAUGCUAACUACGACGGGAAGGAGUAUGAUCCCGUAGAGGCUCGGCAAGGGCAAGAUGCGAUUCCUCCCCCUGACCCUGGCGAACAGAUCUUCAACCUGCCAAAAAAGUCGCACCACGCUAACUCGCCCACCGCAGGUGCAGCUAAGUCAAGUCCAGCAUCUAAACCAGGAUCCACACCUUCUCGUCCCUCAUCUGCCAAAAGGGCUUCAUCCAGCGGCUCAGCAUCCAAAUCUGAUAAAGAUCUAGAAACACAGGUCAUACAGCUUAAUGAACAGGUACAUUCAUUAAAACUUGCCCUUGAAGGUGUGGAAAAGGAAAGGGAUUUCUACUUUGGGAAGUUGAGAGAGAUUGAGCUGCUCUGCCAGGAACACGGGCAGGAAAAUGACGACCUUGUGCAGCGACUAAUGGAAGUGCUCUAUGCUUCCGAAGAACAUUACUUAACUCAGGGCCACAGAUGUCCGGGCUUAGGCAUUGGCUGCCUGCUCCCAUGUGGAUUCUCUCAGCUGAUGCACAAGUGCUUGGUUGCCAAGUACUGACUGUCAUGGAAGCCACUGUUAAAAGGAGGAGGGCCACACAGACGAGCCGGAAGCUGAGGAGCAAACCCACGACCAGCAGCCCCAGCAGCAGGAAGAGUACUGAGCCUCCCAGAGCUCCGGCCCCUUCCACUGCGCACGGGAACUUUUCCUCUGGAGAUCUGGAACAUGUGUGGCCUCAAGCUGAGCAGCAACCAGUUGUCCUAAUCUGCCGUUCCCAUCGACGCACUGUCGCCCACGCCAGCCACCGCGCUCAGUUCCCAUUUUCUUUGCCAAGAUGCAUUAGCAGCAGGCGCUGGUCUGGCCACCCACCUGACAUCAUAGGGUCACAUACCUUCAACUUCGCCACUUGGCUGCUUGAGAUUGGUUCUGCUCUUUUCUUCAUUUCUUUCCAGAACAACUCUUUCCCACCCCCAACACCAACACCACCACCACCCCUUUUUAUCCUGGUGUGAAACAAUGGUCAUUUGAUAUAUGGUAUUUAUAUUGGCAUUUCUCAGCCCAGUGUCACUAGAUGUCACAUGCAUUUGUGGUGCUUUGAUGUUUGCGAAUCUAACCUCUAAACAUAAAGUUGGUGAAACAAUUGGAGCAAAGGGAAACAGAUACUCGAUAUGAAAGCCAUAAUGACAGUGACGCGUACCGUGGGCAAGAACACAGGGUCAGUUUCUCCCUCUGCUGACAACACGAAAGGGAAAAAGACGGCUUCAGAACUAGGCCCUCAGGCCCUGGCAGGGUCCACACAGCAGCCUGUUAGUUUUGAAAGACAUCCACCCAAGGAAAACACUUCUCACCAUGUGCCCCGGCCCUCCCAGCCCCCUCCCCUGGUUCUCAUGCUCUUUUCUUUCUCAGGGUCCUCUUCAGUGGGCAGCCACACCCCCACGGUUGUCAUCAGUUACCUGCAGUCCGAAGGGGUCUGGUGCCUCAUCCCUCUUCCUCCUUGAUGUUUCAGCCCAAAUGCUGUCCCUCACUAGGAUUCAGUCAAGGUAACCCCAGGGUGUGCAGGCCAUAGCUCCUAGGCGCUGCGGAGGCUGCACGCUGGCUGGAAGACUUUAUUCAUAGCAUAAUUCCAAGGAAAAUCAUGGUUCUGCAGUCUAGUGUUGACACUGGAACAACAGCACAGAAAAACCCAUGAUCCAGCCAUCUUCUGGGAUGAGGAAUUGCCCCUCUAUAACACAAGGGCCCUCCUUGUCAUUGACCUCUGCUAAACCAUGGUGACUCACAGAGGAAACAUAAUGAAUUUAAAGCAUUCCUUAUUUUUUAAACUAAUAUUUGCACAUUUUCUUAGUCUCUCUCAACAUCUUUGCCUUUAUUUUUUCCCCCUUGGACAGAUGGUAUCCCUUCCUGGAUCAGUCAUUUCACUUCAGAUUUACUUUCACUUGUUAUUUGACUUAGCAGGUGCAACAAAAACAAGAAACAAAUAUGCCCACCCCACUUUCCACUUUUAAUUGAAAAAGCUUAAAAUAAAUUUCUGAAUUACAUCCCCUCAAGCUUUGAAAUUUCUCCAUGAAUGAGUGAAAUACUAACUUCCAAAUUCUAGCAUUAAAGCUUUUCACCAAAAGAAGUUCUUUCCAAAAUAAAUCAAUCUUCUGCAGCAAAGUGGUAUUUACUGAGUUAUAUGUGGAAAAAGAUGGCUUGUAUUUUUGAGAUUGUUACAACACACUGUGCAGACCCGGACAGAUGUUCCAUGGUGUUUGGUUUCCCUUCUCUCUCCUGCUCACUCUGCACGACAGCGGCAGCUCGCUUCUCCAAGGCUGCGAAGCCUGGCUCUCGGCGGUGACAUCCUCCCACGCCUGGGUACAGGUAGUGGCUGUGCUAUACGCGGCGUCGCACUUCCUGGGGUGUUGUACUCAUCGACUGCCCUUUCUUAAAAAAUAGCUCUUGCAAAGAGGCACAAUAAAUAAUUCCCUGCAGAUGAUACGUCCGUCAGUGCUUUGCUGUUCUGGCCCUCUUGGCCGUCCCCAGGCAGGUGGAUACUCGUGAGUAGGCAGCAGGAGUCAGGAUCCUGCCUUCUUCAGAAACCACUUAACCCUGGGGCACAUGCACACGCCUCUCCAGGGGCUCUUGCUGGAACCACUCCAUUCCUUUCCAGCUCCCCAGCCUUCUCUGCUCUAAACACAAUGGUCAGAUAGUUUAGGCGGCAAUGAGCAUCCAUACUCCAUUCUCCCUACUGAAGGCUUGGGCGAGACCCUUUAUUUAGAGAAGAGCUAUACAUUCCUCUUUCUUUCCCAUCUUAAACCUCUUCCCUGUGCUGCAUCCCAGGUGACGUCCCGGAUGUUUGGGAGAGCCUUUAACAGCCAAGGUUCUGAGACAGCCCCCGUGAGCCGCACCCCUGGCCUCCACUCCCGCCACCAUUCAGUCUCCCCUCGGUGUUCGGGGCACGUGGCCUCAGGCUGGGCUGAAACGCAUCCCUGGGUGUGGGCACUGCUCUUCCUUCCCUCAGGAAGCUUGGUUUCAUUCGUAGUGGCCCUCACACCACAGAUGGCUGCUUAUAGCACUUCCACUGCUGUGGCCAGACUGGAAGUGAUCGAAGCAGGGGGCAAAGAGAAAGCCUCUGUUCAUUGUAAGCAGAAAAGCAGGAAAAAAAAGACAAAGACAAACCCUGUUGACCCGAGAGAAGUCGGCUCCAGAAGGGAACCAAGAACUCGUCCCUUCCCUGGUGAGUAGUCCCGUUCUUCCGUUAAGGUUACUGUGCAUUCAGAUUACUUUAACUAAAUAGUACACCAUAAAGCUUUUGUUAUAUAUGAAAUGUAAACUGAAAGGAA